UUGACCGUACGAUUCAUCACCAGGAGAUUCAUUGGAGACUAUGACCCAACGCUGGAAAUGAUUUACCGACACAUGGCCGUCAUCGACGGGGAGAUGGUGCACUUCGAGAUCCUCGACACGGCGGGACAGGAGGAGGAUUCCCUGCAGAUAGAGGAGAAGAUCAAGUGGGGUGACGGCUUCGCCGUGGUCUACUCGGUGACGGACAGGUGCAGCUUCGACGAGGUGAUGCGGCUGUGCUUCCUCAUCAACCACAUCCACUCCAGCCCC